AUGACCGCCAAUCGGCCCGAGAUGGAGAAAGCCGCUGUCGCUUGCGGUGCCAAGAUCGUCAAGAAGCUCGAGGACACAGACUAUGUCAUCCUCGGCAUCAAACCAGGCCCAAAGAAAGUGGAGGAGAUCGAGGAGAAGAAGCUGAAGACCCUCACAGAGGCUGAAUUCUUCGACAUGAUCGGCGCUGAGCCACCGUCUAGGAAGCAGAAGGUGUGA